GUGUGUGUGUGCACUUUGGAUGGGUUAAAUGCAGAGAACAAAUUCUGAGUAUGGGUCACCGUACUUAGCCGUACGUCACGUCACUUUCACUUAUAUAUAUAUAUGUAUAUUUAUAAUCUAUAGUCUGCGACGUACACCGCGAUGUACACUGAUGAGACGUACACCACGAUGUACACCGCGAUGUACACCGACGAGACGUGCACCACGAUGUACACCGACGAGACGUACACCGCGAUGUACACCGACGAGACGUACACCGACGAGACGUACACCGCGAUGUACACCGACGAGACUUACACCGCGAUGUACACCGAGAUGUACACCGACGAGACGUACACGCGUUGUACACCGACGAGACGUACACCGCGAUGUACACCGACGAGACUUACACCGCGAUGUACACCGAGAUGUACACCGACGAGACGUACACACGAUGUACACCGACGAGACGUACACCGCGAUGUACACCGACGAGACGUACACCGCGAUGUACACCGACGAGACGUACACCGCGAUGUACACCGACGAGACGUACACCGCGAUGUACACCGACGAGACGUACACCGCGAUGUACACCGACGAGACUUACACCGCGAUGUACACCGACGAGACGUACACCGCGAUGUACACCGACGAGACUUACACCGCGAUGUACACCGAGAUGUACACCGACGAGACGUACACGCGAUGUACACCGAUGAGAUGUACACCGACGAGACGUACACCGACGAGACGUACACCGCGAUGUACACCGACGAGACGUACACCGCGAUGUACACCGACGAGACGUACACCGAGAUGUACACCGACGAGACGUACACGCGAUGUACACCGACGAGACGUACACCGCGAUGGACACCGACGAGACGUACACGCGAUGUACGCCGACGAGACGUACACGCGAUGUACACCGACGAGACGUACACGCGAUGUACACCGACGAGACGUACACGCGAUGUACACCGACGAGACGUACACGCGAUGUACACCGCGAUGUACACCGACGAGACGUACACCGCGAUGUACACCGACGAGACGUACACCGCGAUGUACACCGACGAGACGUACACCGCGAUGUACACCGACGAGACUUACACCGCGAUGGACACCGACGAGACUUACACUGCGAUGGACACCGUGAUGUACACCGACGAGACGUACACGCGAUGUACACCGACGAGAUGUACACCGACGAGACGUACACGCGAUUUACACCGAUGAGAUGUACACCGACGAGACGUACACCGACGAGACGUACACCGCGAUGUACACCGACGAGACGUACACCGCAAUGUACACCGACAAGACUUGCACCGCGAUGUACACCGACGAGACAUACAUCAGCCACUAAAGUCCUCGAAUGGACUUUCUGCACAGCACACACUGAAAACACUGCACACAUAUGCACUUUAUUAUCAGUCAGGCUGUAAACAUCUGCUGUAUUUUUUUAUUUAUUUUCCCCUCUGUACAGGAUUCUGUUUAAUUUGACAAAUUUUACAACAUGGAUAGUCAUAAAAAGUUGUAAAAUAGGUUUAUACUUGAAGAUGAUUGGUAGUAGUGGUGCUUUUGGUGACGGUGGUGUGUGUGUGUGUGUGUGUGUGUGUGUGUGUGUGUGUGUGUGUGUGUGUGUGAAAUCUGUAUUGUUUUUACAUAUACCACAGUGCUGUUGAAUUCUCUUUUCUGAUUGGUCAGUAGGUGUAGAUUAUUUUUCUCUAACAGCAGCUCUGACUAUAGUUACAGCUACGAGGUUUAUAUAAGAACUGCUUUUACUGUAUGGUUUCUAUAGUAACCACUUAAACGGAUCUGCGUAAUCGUUGAUAUGGUGAGGUUUAUACAUCCUGACACAAAUAUCUUAAUGGAUGUCUUUGCAGAAGUAUGCAGUGGUCUUUGCAGAAGUAUUAACCUACACACACACACACACACACACACACACACACACACACACACACAUAUAUAUAUCCAUAGGGGAGAAAAGUAAAGAUAGAAACAGGAUGGAGAAAAGCAUGUGAGGUAGAGUCAUUUAUCUUUAGUGCUCUGUGUGUGUGUGUGUGUGUGUGUGUGUGUGUGUGUGUGUGUGUGUGUGUGUGUGUGUGUGUGUGUGUGUGUGUGUGGUGGAAAAGGAUGUGCCUAGAGAGCUCGUAGGAGUACUAACCCGCAAUGAUUUAUGACUCAUUCUGCUGAGACACACAGGUUACACACACACACACACACACACACACACACCAGCUUUAUUCUAUAUGUGACACAUAAAUCAGGGAGACUUUAAAUAUCUCCUUUUCUGCCUCCUUUUAUUCGACCAAGAGGAGAUAACAGGGAUUUACAAAUACACACAACCAUUUUCAUACUGUGUGGAGAUAAAGAGAGAGCGUGUGUGUGUGUGUGUGUGUGUGUUUUUGUGUGUGUGCAUACUUUUAAAGAAGUGAUUCACUGAUGCUUUUCGUUCCAGUUUUUCUACCAAUCUUCUUCUUAAAUCUUGAAGUAGGCUGUUUUUUAUUUCAGAGAUAUUUAAACUGCAGUUUUAUUUGUUAUUUUAUUAAAGCGUUAUAUUAAAUCCUUUUGCCUGUCAAAUAUGUCAAAGGAAAUACAAUGCACAGGAUCCACAUGAUCAUUUAAUCUUCCUGCAUGCCUCUUUUUUGAAUAAGAUUAACGUCACAACGUUAAAUUUUUCCUCAAUUAAAAAGUCAAUGAUGCAAAAAUCACGAUUUAAAUUCAAACCAGGAAUCGAAACAAAUAUCGUCAUGCUGUGGACCAUUAGUCGCCUGGGUUACGUAGGUAUGUAUGUGUGGGCGGAGCUAUCGAUACAGGGGUGGGGGGGCGUUUGGUUUAGGGGCGUGUUUGUUUUGGUGAUUUCAAAAGUCGACAUUGGCUUUCAAAAAUUGGAGACCCUGCCUUUAAGUUCAGUUUUCUGACCCAGAAAUUAGACCCGCCCUUGUCAGAAUACAACGACACGACUAAAAAACGUUUGAGUCCUAAGGUUCUAAUCUGAGCCUCUGCGGCUCGCCCGACGUAAAUCCUUCGGCCUUGAAUCAGAUCGAUGUCUGCCAUCGAUUACAUUAAAGUAGAGAUUAAUAAUUUAAAGGCACUCAGCGGAGUCGUGAGAGGAGGAGAGAAGGAAGGGGAGAGGAGGAGAAGAAGAAGAGCUUCCUACGUGGGAGUCUUUUUAGUGUUUUUUAUGACGCAACUCUAUUGCAUCUAUAUUGUAAGAAAUACAAUUCAUCCGGAACAAAUUUAAAUCCUGGAUGAAAGAUGGGAUCAUUUAUGACUUUUGUGGUCAAUGCUGUAAAAAAUAAACACAAUCAAAGACAAAGUGUUGUGAUGAAGUGUCUGAUACCAUCAUGAACUGAUAUUUUCUCAUAACAGCAUGUCUGGACACGCUGUAUUCCUCUUACACCACAACAAUUUACUAAUAUAGCAGCAAGCAGCGAUUGAGGGGCCCAAGCACCAAGUGCUCAGCUGCACUUUUAUAUCAGCUGAUAAGUAAGAUUAGUUCCUGAUCUCACAAUUUAGCAGGAAUGAACAGUCAUUCCCUCAAUGGCCUCUCUCUCUUUCUCUCUCUCUCUCUCUCUCUCUUUCUCUCUC